CAUCAGUCAGAAACACCAAAGACUUGAAGGCACCCAGCAACAGCAGUAGUUCAGGCAGAACAAGCCCAUGCUCCUCUCCUCCCAAGCGAUGCAAUAAAGAGCCCUGUUGUGCCUGACAAGAGCUGGGCGGUUUCCCCGGAUUCACCCCCAUCCCAGCUCAAGGCAAGGUGUUAAAUAAUUUUCUCUACAGAGAAGUGCUCUGGACCCACUGUCUGACAGUUUCUGACUUCCUGAUAGUCUGCUGUUGCAAGGAAGAAGACAUUGAGCUGAGUGCAGAAGUGCCUUAAAUGUGAAAUCAGGCUCUCUGCUUUUGUCCCCUGUGUUACACACUCUUCAGGAAAAAAUAAACCAACCACCAUUCCAGCAAUAAUAUGCAGCGUGUUGGCUGUGGGAUUAUCCUCACCUGCAUAUAACAGAAAUGGAGAGUACACAAAAAGUCCCUUUGCUUUGUUAUCUCUUGGAAGGUCUUGAUUUGGACCUCUGAAAAACUUGGGAGAAUAUAUUCAAGUAUCACAGGAUUCUGGAAGAGAGAAAUAUUUCUUUCACCAUGUUUGCACUGUUGGCAGGAGAUGGAAUUCCUACUGUUUCAGCUUUGAGUUUGCCUGAAGGAAAAAAGGCUGAACCUAAUACCAUGGAAGAACAUCAACAUCUACAUUGUGUCAACUGUGUAAGCCGACGUUGUAUGACAAGACCAGAAGCUGGUGUUUCCUGUGACUUGAUUGGUUGCUCUAUGGUUUGUGGAGCAGUGUUUCAUUCAUGUAAAGCUGAAGAACAUCGCCUUCUUUGUCCACUUGAAAGAGUGCCUUGUCUAAACAGUGGUUUUGGCUGUCCGUUUACUAUAGCUCGAAACAAAAUUGCUGAACAUUUAGAAACUUGCCCUGCAAGCGUGGUAUGCUGCACAAUGGAAUGGAAUCGAUGGCCCGUUAGUUAUGCAGAUCGAAAAUCGUACGAAAAUCUAAGUAAAGAUGUUGAUGAAGUUGAACAGUUAGACAUGGCUCUUGCCCUUCAAGAUCAACGAAUGCUUCUAGAAUCUCUUCGAGUAGCAACGAUGACAUCAAAAACAGCUGAUCCAAUAUCAAAAUCCAGAGAACAGACUUCUGUUGCAAGUGCUCCAGAUGCUACACUUUCUAACGGCUUGGUGCCUGUAGAUGAAGAGUCAUAUGGUGCACUUUAUCAGGCUACUAUGGAAACAACUAAGAGUUUAGCUACAGCUCUAGAUAUCCUUAACACUGCUACUAGAGAUAUAAACAUGUUGAGUUCGAAACUUAGUCUUUCACCACGUGAAGCAAGUGAAAACUUUAAAACAAAAGAGCAGAAUUUUGAUACAAGUAUGUGUGACAAAGCAGAGCAUGACUAUCUAGAUGAUGAUAAAACAGGAGCAGUUGGUGGCAUGCAGCUGGAUGCCUUGACUCAAAAUGCCCAGGUAGAAAAAAAUGGCUCAAGUGACAUUUGUUGUGAUAUCAUCCAACAAUACACACUGAAUAUGAACCUUGAUAAUACCUCUUUAUGUAAUGGCUUCCAUGUAGACAGUGCAGACACAAAUGUGUUGUCACAAAGUGAAGAACUAGAUGGAUGCAAAUGUGACCAAUCUAGUUUGACAAAUGGUAUAUGUAAUGCAUCUCCUUGUGAUGAAACAUUGAGUUCUUGCAAUCCUAUUCCUGUAUCAACCCAAGUUAGGGAAGAAAUACCUCUGCAUACUUUAUCUAAUGGCACCAUUAAUCAUGUAUACCUGCCACGUGACUGUAGUGAGGAACUUUUACAGAGGCAAGUAGAACAAGACAGACUUAGAAACAUUGAUGCAUUUUCUUUAAUUCCUCAUCGUUCCUACAAUUUCCUUGCAAAUCACUAUUUUACAUGUUGUAAAGUACCAGUACCAAAGGAAGACAAAGCAGUAGAUACAUCAGAUUUGGAAAUAACAGAAGAUCCUAUGGGUGUUCAGGGAAUAGAUUUAAUCACAGCAGCUUUACUGUUUUGCCUUGGAGACUCUCCUGGUGGGAGAGGAAUAUCCGAUAGCCGUGUUAUUGAUGGAUAUCAUGUUGAUUUUGGGACUCAGACAUUUUCUCUACCAUCUGCAAUCCUAGCCACAAACACAAUGGUAGGAGAAAUUGCUUCAGCCUCUGCGUGUGAUCAUGCAAAUCCACAGCUCUCAAAUCCAAGCCCUUUCCAGACUCUUGGGCUAGACUUGGUACUAGAAUGUGUAGCUAGAUACCAAACAAAACGUUCAAUGUUUACAUUUGUUUGUGGACAGCUAUUUAGACGGAAUGAAUUUUCUUCACAUUUUAAGAAUGUACAUGGUGAUAUUCAUGCUGGUCUCAAUGGUUGGAUGGAGCAGAGGUGUCCUCUUGCUUAUUAUGGAUGUACAUACUCUCAGCGCAGAUUUUGUCCUUCAAUACAAGGGGCAAAAGUUAUUCAUGAUCGACAUCUUCGAUCAUUUGGGGUGCAGCCCUGUAUAUCCACUAAGCUUACAGAGCCUGACAAGAGAUGCUGCUUAGGACUGCGUAGUGAUCAUCUGAGUAAUCUUCCUUUUGAAGUUCUGCAGCACAUUGCAGGAUUUCUGGAUGGCUUUAGUUUGUGUCAGCUUUCACGAGUAUCACACCUAAUGAGGGAUGUAUGCGGAAGUUUGCUACAGGCACGUGGAAUGGUUGUACUGCUUUGGGAAAAGAGGAUGUAUCCAGAUGGAAGUUUUUCAUGGCAAGUAAAGGAAAAGGUGUGGAGAUUCAGCACAGCUUUUUGUACUGUAAAUGAAUGGAAGUUUGCUGACCUUGUAAGCAUGGCUGACCACUUGAAGAAAUGCAGUUAUAAUGCUGUGGAGAGACGAGAGGAAGCUGUGCCCCUGCCAUGUAUGUGUGUCACACGAGAGCUUACAAAGGAAGGACGGUCAUUGCGCUCUGUCUUGAAACCUGUACUUUAGACACAAAGAAUUUUCUCCCAGUUGCACACACACUCAAGCACCUGAUAUAACCUCUGUAAUGUUUUGUGACACUUUAUUAGUUUACUAAAGAUGAUUUUUUUUGACAUUAUGUACAUAAUGUUUUGAAGUGGCAUUUAUUUUUUUAUAACAUUGCCUGGUUAGAAAUAAUGAAAGUUGCCUUAAUGUUUGGAAAAAAUUGGAACUUGCUGGACAGGAUAGUUUUAUAUAACUUCUGCAGUCUGUAAACUUUUAAUUGGGAAUAUCUCUGAUUUAUUGGUAUCCAUUUUUUUUUAAGAUUACCUUCUGAUUACUACAGGUAUGCAUAUUCAGAGAUGACUUUGAAUGGUAUAGAAAAUAAUUUGACAAACAAUUUAUAUGUUUCGUCUCUUUACAAAUUAGGAUAUAACAAAUUAAAAAUUGAAGUCUAGUCAGCAUUUAGCAGUGCAGGUCUUGAUCUGAUUUUGCAUUUUUGAAAGACUGCUCAUUUACUGUAUGUUGACUGAAUCAUAUUUAAUGCUGUUUUUGGUUAUAGGAUGUAUACUUUAGUGUUGUUAUACAUCAGUCCCCAAAUCUUUGAAGGCAAUAGCAAAAGUCUUUUUAGUAGAGCAGAAAAUUGUCUUACCUGAAUUUGAUAGGCAGCAGAUUCGUUUCUAAUGAUACCUUCUCUUGAUGGUCAACAUAAGUUGCUGCUCCUACUAGCAGUCUAAUGGAACAAAUUACUAUUGUAUUUCAGUUAUUAAUGUACACCUGGACUAGCAUUUUGGUUUAACACAUGUUCCUUCUAUUGAUUUACAUGAUAAAAGAUGAAUUUUAACAAAAUCUUGCUGUACAUUAGCUACACAGAAUUCAUAAUUUUAGAUUACUACAUAUAAUGAAGGGCUUCAGAUUUUUGAUGUUCAUCAAAUACGUCUUACUGUUAACAUGUCUACAGAUGUACUUCUAGGCCUCAAGGUUCUUUUGGAUCGUAAGAGACUGAUUCUGAGCACACUUUGCAAAUUUCAGCAGAUCUUAACAUCAAAAUGUCUAGGAUAGAUGUGCCAGUGUGCCAUCUUUAUAAGAUGAGAAACCUAUUAAUUGCUUAAGCAUAUCUUAAACCCAUAGGCAUUCAUUUUUUAACUCCGUUAUUUUUCCAUAGCAUAGUCUUCCUUAAUGAGGACAUUAUGGUGAAUGUUUACUGUAACUAUGAGGAUGCCUUUAACUAUAUUAGGAUAACAAAGAGGCUUUCAUUCUUGAUACUACUACUGGAUCAUUGAGCUUGAUACUACAGAUAAAGUGUUUUCACUUUUAAAGAAGAGCAUUGAAAAAUAAUUAUAAAAAUGGUUGUGUUUGUAAUGUUUUUAAUGAACUCAAGUAUACUUGAUCCAGGAGUUUAUAUGUUCAAUAUAUAUGAAUCUAAUCUGGGAAAUAAUUACAUUUUUCAUUACUCAGGCUGUCCCAUUUCUUAAAAAACAAAGAAACCUCAGCCUCAUUCUCUAGUGCCAUAUGAUGAGAUCAUUAAGAAAUGUAUUUGCUCUGUAUAGCUGAUUUUUGUAAUUCUGGACCUUAGGAUCACUUAAUUGUUUAUAAGCUGCCUUUCUCUUCAAAGAGGCAAGUUUUCCUUCAGUCCUGCAGAAUGUUGUUGACAGAAGAACACUUCUCAUUUCAUGUCAGGAUCCAGUAGCAGAUGGUUGAUGGCAGAAUAAAAGAUGCUAGUGGAAUCAGGAAGAGAUGAUUCGUCCUUGCCAUUCCAGCUCCAUGUUUAUUCACAUCUAGCUCUGGAGGGCUGAAGAGCCCUCCAGAUCCCCACUUUGGAUAAUGUAGACAUGUGCAGGGGCAAGGGAGGAUGAGAACGUUCAGCUGUGUUGUCUACUCACACAAUGCUGGAUUUAGGCAUAAUGGUUUGGAGAAGGGGGAUCCAAGGCCUCAUCUUGUAAUAGGCCUGGUAAUGUUUUGAACCUUCUGAUCUAAUUUAUCCCUACACAGAAAAAAACCUGCAGUAUGCAAGUAUAGUAUGAUUUCGUUCAGCAGUGUGUGGGCAUUUGCAUUUCUCUAAAGAGAGUUGUCAUUUUGAAAUAACUAAGAAGAUUCAUUCCAAGUUUACCAAGUUACUUCUGUAUACACUACUAUUUUGCCAUCAGAUACCUUUCCCAUAUGAACUUUCAUAUUUUGUGGUUGAACAGAAGUUGGCAGAAAUAUAUCUUGGCUGCUUAGAAGAGACUGUAGCUGAAGAACUUCUACACUAGAUGGCUCUCUAGCUUCAAAAGAAAACCAUUUGCACCUGUGGUGAGCCAUUGGUUUAUUUCUUACCAUAUUAAGCAUUUUGAACACUUCAUCCUCAACACUACAUGCACUUUUACUUUUAAAUCUAGAUACAGUACUGUGUUUUUAAAAAAAAGUUAAUCCAGAGCUAUUAAAACAAUGCUGUAAAAAUCAGUUUGGUUUACUCUUAUGUAUAGAAAUGCAACAUAAAUCCGAUACCAGUAUUUUUUUACUGCUAUGCAGUUUUGUUUUUUUAAAAAGUGGUAUUUCUCAAUACUCUUUCUCCUGUACUGUACCUUGCCUUUGGGUCUCUCAUGGUAAUUUUUUCCACUUGCAUUGCCUUUCUUUCAUAUUCACAGCAAUUUCUUUCUCUAACCAAUACACUACCUUGUUUAAAUGUUUUCAGUGAAUGCUAUUUUACAACAUCUUGUCAAUCAUAAUAAAACACAUUUGCCAUUUUCA